AUGGAAAUAAAUUUAAAAUUAAAUUCAUUAAUUUUUAAUGAAAUAUUACCAUAUCUAUCAUAUAAUAAUAAAUAUAAAAGAUUAUUAGAAUUAAGUUUAAUUUCAAAACAAUCAUUUCAAAUCAUUCAAAAUUUGUUAACUCAUAAACAUAUCAUCAAAAUUAAACCAAAUAAUCUAAUAAAGUCAAUUAAGAAAUCAAAAGAAAAAAACAAAUAUGAACUAUUUUUAAUAAAGUAUAUAGAGUUGGAAAGUAUCCAUUUCAAACAUUGCAAUGAAUAUUCAAAAAAGAUAUUGAAAAAGAUCAAAAAUGAACUUUUAGAACAAUGUGAACAAUUAAAAAAAGUUAUUUUCAACAGUGCCAGUGUUGAUGUUGAUACUAUGGAUGAGAAUCCAACAUGUGAUAAUUUUUAUGAAUUUAGAGGUUUAGAUUUAUAUUGGAACAAAGUAGAUCGUCCAUGGUCAAACGAAACCGAAUUAAAAAAAGAUUCAUUAAUAUUUUCUUUUGAAUUUUUAUCAAGAUAUCCAAAUGCAAAGAAAAUCUCAAUAUCAACAAGUAAUAGCUAUUUUCCAAUGCAUUUAGAGUAUUUGGAUGGUAUUUUAUUAAAUUGUUGUAGUACAGUAGAAUCUAUUAAAUUUGACUACCACAAUACACCCCAUAAUUUUGUUGGAAAAGUAAUAAAUUCAAAAUCACCAGCAAUCAAAUCAUUCACCGUUAGAUUGGGUAAUGACGACACAAGUAAAUUGGUUGCAAAUUUAUUUAGAAAAUCAGAAAUCUCAAAAAAUAAUAUAUUAAAGGUGUUAAAAUUAAAAUAUUGUUCGGAAAUUUCCAUCCAACAUCUUAACCAAGAGCCAACCGAAUUUUUAAAAAUAUUAAUAGGUAAUCAAACUUUAGAAACAUUGGGUUUAGAAUUAUUCAAAGUAAACAACUCGGAAAAACUAUCACCACUCAUCCAAGUACCAAAUAUUACAACAUUAAUAUGCAAUUUCGAAUCUUUUGAAGCCUUUCUUUUACAUUGCAACGAAAAUCAUAAUAUUACCACUUUAAAAGUUUGUAAGGAUAUUUAUCGUGACCGUUAUGUCGAUAAUUUCAAUAACAAUAAUAUUUUGGUAAAUGCACUUUCAAAUUUCUUAAAAAAUAAUAAAUCAUCAUUACAUUCAAUUAUACUUUAUAGAUUACCAGAUAAUUUAAAAGAACUUAUCAACAAAGAAGGAAAUAAAAUUAAUAACAAUAUAAAAAAUAUAACUUUAAAAAUUUUAGAUUAA